CACUUCAAGCAGUCGACUUCAGAACGCUUCUCAUGCGAGAACGCGUGAAAAUUUUCAUUUCAAUUUUGUUCACGCAUUCAAAUUAAAAAUCAAAAAACGGUACAGCUACACAUAAGCGCACCAACAACAACAACAACAACAAAACACGCGGAAAAUUUAAAAUAGAAAUCAAAUACCCGUGAUCGUGGCGCGUCUAAAACGAAACGAUUUUUGAGGAAAAAGUGAUUUUCAGUUCAUUUUGAUUUUCGAGAAAUCGUCGCCAAAGUCAUUAUUCGUACGCGAGUGUGUGUUUGUUACUCGGCGUAUGCAAAGUUUAUAGCAACAAAUCAAAUUAUCAACAACACCAACAACAACUGCAACGGAUCCUAUCAAAGUCAAAUUGGCUGCUUGUGUCUCGAUUUACGUCAUCGGCGCCUGUUGAUUUCAUCGGCAUUCGGCUUUCCACACGUUUCUGUUUGCAGUGCUGCUGCUCAGUCGAACGCCGAAAGCGUAGAAAAACGUGCGCGUGUGCUACACGGUAUUGAGAAAAGUCGAAAAGGCGAAAAGCAGUUAGUAGUAUCUCAUCGCUAUUAGAAAAGCAAUUCCGCUUGCAAUUGAGCAUAUAGAAUUAUAUAAAUAUAACAGUGUAACAUAAAAUACUAUACAAGUGACAUUGUGUAUAGUAGAAAUAAAACAGCAACAACAAUAAAAAGUAUUUUUUUCAUCAAAUUCGUGCAAGUUUAAACGCUAAAACGGCAGCUGCAACAGGAAAUAUGGUGAAGAACAGGCGUUUUGAAAAAGCACCGAUCAUCGGUACGAGACACAUACAAUGUUUCCUUUGUUUUUGUUGUCUCUCGAUUUGUUAUGCGUUACGCGUGAAUCUCAGCGUGGGCAUUGUGGCGAUGACGGAUCGGAAUUCCACGAACAGUGAUCUUACGGUUUACGAUUGGACUGAGAGCACCAAGUCUUAUGUGUUGAGCAGCUUUUUCUGGGGUUACAUCGUCACGCAAAUACCCGGUGGACACAUUGCACAGAAAUAUGGUGCGAAAACAUUGCUGCUGAUUGGCAUUACACUAUGUUCCGUGCUGACACUACUCACACCAUUAGCCGUUGAAUAUGGCGGUUGGCAGCUGUUGUUUGCGGUACGUGUCAUUCAAGGACUCUUGCAAGGUUCGGUGCAUCCAGCCACACAUGCGAUGUUGGCGAAAUGGUCACCGGUCGACGAACGUGGUGCGCUCAGCACCUUCUGUUAUUCCGGCUCACAAUUCGGCACUGUCAUCAUAUUGGCUAUAAGUGGUAUCAUUGCUGAAUCACCACUUGGCUGGCCUGGUAUUUUCUACAUUUCUGGCGCUUUGGGUAUCCUUUGGGGUGUAUGUUGGUUCAUAUUCUCGGCCAGCACACCGGCCGAACAUAAGACCAUCUCACUGGAGGAGCGUAAAUUCAUUGAGAAUUCAUUGGGACAAGUUGAUUCGACACCGACACGUGAAGUACCGCCAACACCAUGGGGCAAGAUCUUCACCUCACCACCAUUCUUGUCGCUGAUCAUCGUACACUGCACGCAUAUGUGGGGUUUCUGGACGUUGCUCACACAAAUUCCCAACUACAUGAAGAACAUACUCGGUGUGGAUAUGAAAAAUAGCGCUUUACUCUCAUCGCUACCCUAUGCCGUCAUGUGUUUGCUGAGUUUCUUCUUCAUCUAUCUGUCCAAAGUGUUGGCACGUCGUGAAAAUGUUUCGUUGUCAUUCAGUCGCAAGUUCUUCAAUUCCAUCGGUCACUGGAUACCAAUGAUCUCACUCAUCGGACUCGGCUAUGUCACCAAGGAGCAUUCGCUGUUGGCCGUCAUCCUGCUUACGCUCACAGUGGGCAUCAGCGGCGCUACAUAUCUGGGCUUCCAGGUGAAUCACAUUGAUCUGUCGCCAACCUAUGCCGGUACGCUGAUGGGCAUCACAAACGGUUCGGCGAAUGUGAUGAGCGCAUUGGCGCCGCUAGCUGUCGGUCUGGUUGUCACCGAUGUGACAAAUGUGGUCGAGUGGCGUUAUGUGUUUUUCAUCGCUGCCGGUUUCUACUUUGUCGGCAAUCUGCUCUUCGUCAUCUUUGGCAAGACCGAAGUGCAAAGUUGGAAUUCACCCGAAGAUGCCUUAGCCAAACGCUUAAAUGUCGUGGACGCUGAAUCGCCCGCGUUACUCCUCAAUGGUGAUAAGAAGAAGAUCACAAUCACAGAGAACGGCACGCAAUAGACCAACAAUGGACUUUCGUUGGUCCUUUAUUUGUAGUUGUAGUUCAUUAAGCACACAGAAGACCUCCUAGUUGUUAGAGCGCAUAUAUGUAUGUCAAUAUAUAUAUAUACAUAUAUAUGUAUUUUAAGGUUUAUGUUAUGUUAAGACUCUUAUGAAUGAUUCCUGUAGUGCGGAUAACGCUGCAUAUUGUUGUUAUUGUUUGCAAUUGCUUGCGUUGCACGUGCGUCCUGCGAUAAUGUAAUUUAUAACUGUAGUUUUUUAAGUCACCUAUAUCUAUAUAUAUGUACAAUAGACAAUAAGUAUUUUAUAGCAGCAAAAAAAGGUAUGUGUGUUUAUGUAAGAGCCCAGACAACAUUAAGGCUCUUACAAAACUGUACAUAUGUAAGUAACUCAGGCACGCAUGUUAAAAAGUGCUUCAAAUGCGCUAUACAUUUUGAUAAAAGUGUUAAUUUUGUGUAAUAAAACUAUAGAUUUGUACACAUAUCAAGUCACAAAUGUGCUUCCAAUGCCGGCGCAAGGAAAUCAGGCAAACAAAAAGUCAAAAGUCAUAAACAAACAUACACAUGCUAUCGAUAUUAUAUUUUUAAUGACAAAAACAAAAAGUUAGAAGAGAAAAAAAAAAACAUUUUAUAAAGUAGCUUAAAUUAAAUAAUGACUUAGAAAUAAUUAAUUAAAUUUUAUUUACAGUAUUUGUCUAAACGUGUGUAAUGUUGUAAUAAUUCGUCGAACAAUUGGCGUUAAAUAGUGUUGGGCGUGUUGUGCGAGCGAAUGUAUCAAGUAGCGUUAACGGUGAUCGUAGCACUAUAGAAUAUAGAAUUUACUUUUCUCUAAUUAACUGUAAAAAAAAGUUACACUAUUUUCAUUUAAUUAAAUUAUUGAUUAAUUUGUUGUUCUGCGCUAAGUGCAUUACAAAAGUCAAUUGACGUCCGCACUAUCAUCACAUUGUGUAAUAGUAGAAAUUGCGACAGCAAUGCACUUAAAUCACUUAAUUUCAUUUUGAAAAUAUUUUAUAUACAUAUAUAAUUAUUCGUUUAGCAACGCGUUUAUCUAAUCAAAUCGCUAAGUGUAAUCACUAUAGGCAGUUCGAUGCGCUCACACAUAUGCUACUCGGUUUUUUACACAGUUAUGCGGAUUACAGUUAUUUAAUAAGUGUUUGCAUACUGCUAUUGUAGUAGAUUAUCCACUUCAGCGUUUCUUGAGCACUUUGUUUUGACCAAUUUCUAUUUUAAUAUUUGUUUUUUUUUUUUUUUUUUGUAAUUUUCAAUCGGCCAAUGUAUUUUAGUUGAGUUAUAUAAAUUUCGUCUUAGUCUAAGCGCACACUUAACGUUAAGUUGUUACAUUAUGAUGUAAGUUGUGUAGUUGUUAUUUUUUUUAAAUAUGCAAUAAUUUAAUUUUUACGCAUUACA